UCCCCUCCUCCCUCCCCCCUCUCUGUCUUGCUCUCUACUCCGCACUGAAUUGUAUUUCGCUGUUUCUGCUUGCCCGUGCAGCUGGUGCGAACGCAGUGACUGUGGCGCAGAUGCGUAUAGUGUUACAGCCUUUGCCGCAGCGCCCGGGGCUCGGUCGCCAGUACCCGCCCGCAUCGCUCGUCUACAGAUGUUGUAGAUGCGGCCUGGGAACUCUGCCUCUGGCGCUCUCCUUCUUAGCGUGUCGAAGGAGCAGCGGAGCAAAGACAAGCGAAGCUAAAGAAGGCAGCAGCCGCUUUAAAGGCGGCGCCACAAGCCCGACCACAACGGCGCUGCAGCUUAGGCGGGCUCGGCAAGCAACCUCGGUCUCAUUCAGUCGCUCUAACACACUGCCGAAGCAAGCGCUCUCAGCCGCAGAAUGGCGGAUCCAAAAGAAAAGGACAACUGAGAAGAGAGAGAAAAAAAACCUGUUAAAAUGCGAUAUAAGAUCCCCGGAGCGGCGAUGGACCGCGUGAGUCUGCUGUGGCGUUUGCGGCGGCGGGCGAGGCGGGGGGUGCUGUGCAUGGGGCUGUUCUGCGUGGCCAUGGGGCUCCUGUACGCCCUCUGCGCCGAAAACAGCGUCCCCGUCACUGACGCCAUCUUCGGCGUGAGGGCCCGCACCCGCGCCCAGCCCCGCGCCCACUCCAUCAUCAAGGUGGUGCGGGCAGGGGGUGGCGGAGGGGCCAAGCCCAUAUUCGUCAACCCCCAGAACCACCCCGGGAUCGUCCCCGGGGACCCCCACCGCCCCAUCCCGGUGCUGUCCGCCCCCAACGGCACCCUGGAGGGGGGCAGGGUCGAGUCCCGCAGCAGGAAGAGGGAGCCCGGCGGGGGGGCGGGGUUUCUGUCCUGGCUGAUGCCCCGCCCACUCCGGAGCCUGCUGGAGGGGAUCUUUGGGGGCAAGAGGCGGACGAGCGCAGGAGGCGUGGGAAGCGACUCGGACCUUUUCGGACCCCACGGGUCACUGGGAGAGGUGUGGGACGAGCAGAUGUCCAGCAGCAUGCUGGGAAAGAGGCUGAGAAAGGUGGUGCAGAACUACCAGGCUAUGAAUAAGUACGGGGUACCAUUCCACACCAAGGGGGGUGCGGACAGCGGAGGGGGCCCCAAACGCACGGGUCCGGAGCUGCUGUGCCAGCUGAAAGGGAAAGUUGGGGUGACCACCCUCACCCCCGAACUCAAGCCCUUCUCCAGCCUGCCCUGGGCCCCUCUCCUGCCCCCGCGACCCCUGACCUCUGACCUGGGCCCCUUCAGGAGCUGCGCGGUGGUGUCGUCAGCGGGGUCACUGAAGCACUCUGGGCUCGGGAAGGAGAUCGACUCCCAUGAUGCAGUGCUGCGGUUCAACGCUGCUCCCACUGUGGGCUACGAGAAGGAUGUGGGCACCAAGACCACCGUACGCCUCAUUAACUCACAGGUGAUGGCGUCAGAUGAUCACCGCUUCCUGUCCAGCUCCCUGUACAGCGCUGGGAUCCUGGUGGCCUGGGACCCCUCCCCCUACUCCUCUGACCUGAAUGAGUGGUACAACAGGACGGACUACCCCAUAUUCCUGCAGUAUCAGAAGUACCGGCGGCUGCAUCCCCAGCAGCCCUUCUACAUCCUCCACCCGCGCGUGGAGUGGCAGCUCUGGGACACCAUACAGGCCAACAUGGCCGAGGCCAUCCAGAGAAACCCCCCUUCCUCUGGCCUGCUGGGGACAGUGCUGAUGAUGUCAUUGUGUAAGGUGGUGCAUGUGUACGAGUUCCUGCCUUCUCGCCGUAAGACGGAGCUGUGCCACUAUUACCAGCGCUUCUACGACGCGGCCUGCACGCUGGGGGCCUACCACCCCCUGCUCUACGAGAAGAACCUGGUCAAGAGGAUGAACCAGGGGCCUGACCGCGACAUCUUCAGCCACGGCCGAGUCACCCUGCCAGGGUUCAACAGCUUCAACUGCACACACAGGGCAAUGCACUAACAUUCUGGCCCGACUGACCCCAUACUGACCCACGCACUGACACCCCCGAUACUGACCGACCCCAUACUGAACCACGCACUGACACCCCCGAUACUGACCGACCCCAUACUGACCCACGCACUGACACACCCGAUACUGACCGACCCCAUACUGACCCACGCACUGACACACCCGAUACUGACCGACCCCAUACUGACCCACGCACUGACACCCCCGAUACUGACCGACCCCAUACUGACCCACGCACUGACACCCCCAAUACUGACCGACCCCAUACUGACCCACGCACUGACACACCCGAUACUGACCGACCCCAUACUGAACCACGCACUGACACACCAGAUACUGACCUACACUGACUGACCCCAUACUGACCCACACACUGACACACCCGAUACUGACCGACCCCAUACUGAACCACGCACUGACACCCCCAAUACUGACCGACCCCAUACUGACCCACGCACUGACACCCCCAAUACUGACCGACCCCAUACUGACCCACGCACUGACACACCCGAUACUGACCGACCCCAUACUGACCCACGCACUGACACCCCCAAUACUGACCGACCCCAUACUGACCCACGCACUGACACACCCGAUACUGACCGACCCCAUACUGAACCACGCACUGACACACCAGAUACUGACCUACACUGACUGACCCCAUACUGACCCACACACUGACAUACCCGAUACUGACCUACACUGACUGACUCCGUAUUGACCCAAUACUGACCCACAAACUGACACACCCGAGACUGACCUACACUGACUGAUCCCAUAUUGACCCCAUACUGAACCACGCACUGACACACCUGAUACUGACCCAUGCACUGACAUACCCGAUACUGACCCAUGCACUGACACACCCGAUACUGACCGACCCCACACUGAACCACGCACUGACACACCCGAUACUGACCGGCCCUAUACUGAACCACGCACUGACACACCUGAUGCUGACCUUCACUGACUGACUCCAUACCGACCCACACUGACUGACCCCAUACUGACCCACGCACUGACAUACAUCAUACUCACCCACACUGACACACCCGAUACUGACCUACACUGACUGACCCCAUACUGACCCACACCGACUGACCCGAUACUGACCCACACUGUCUGAUCCGAUACUGACCCAGGCACGGACACAACCAAUACUGACCUACACAGUGACACCCGAUGCUGACCCACACACUUACCGACCCGAUACUGACCCACACACUGAGGCAACAGAGACUGACCCACACUCUCAUGGACUGGAACCGACUGAUGUUAGUGACUGACUGACUUAAUUGACUAGCUAACAGACUGACAGACACACCAACUGACUUGAUUGACUAGCUAACAGACUGACAGACACACCGACUGAUUUGAUUGACUAGCUAACAGACUGACAGACACACUGACUGACUUGAUUGACUAGCUAACAGACUGACAGACACACUGACUGCUGACAUGCUUACUAACUGAUGCCACUGUCUCACUGACAGACUGAUUUAACAUCUUUCAUUUUCAUACGCAUAACAUUGAAACACUCUUACUGUACACACACACACACACCCACACACUGUACAUACACACACACACCCACACCCACUCACUGUACAUACACAAAAACACAGUCUUACUGUAUCUAACACACACACACUCACACACUGUACAGUACAUAUGUAAAAACACAUUUUUACUAUAGGACACACAUAUACGCACUUGUUGCACACACACAUGCACACAUUCAUAUAACUCACACUCACUCUUACAACUGACAGAACGACACAUGCACUGCCCUUGUGACACGUGCCAAACAGAUGGACAGACUGCAGUUUCCACUGACAGACAGACAGACAGACUUGUGCAGUUUCCACUGACAGACAGACAGACAGACUUGUGCAGUUUCCACUGACAGACAGACUUGUGCAUUUUCCACUGACAGACAGACAGACAGACUUGUGCAGUUUCCACUGACAGACAGACAGAGAGACUUGUGCAGUUUCCACUGACAGACAGACAGACAGACGUAUGUACAUGCGCACAGAUGCAUUGCCGGUCGCUGAUACUGCUGCGGACUGCUCUAUACUGGGACUGCUCUAUACUGGCCUGCACUGAAGCUGCAGUAUCGCACGGUCCUCAUCUUCACACUGUUGGUGUACAUAUACCAUAUGCAGUCUACACUGUGAUACCGGCUUUAAUCUCAAACUGUCAUGCUGUACAGAAGACAUGGGCCUGGAACCUCCUUUAUGUAGAAUGUCCCUGCAUGCCUACAGUAGCUAAAGCACUGCACGUCUGGAGUUUGGCCUGAAGGCCACCGCUGUUGCACCUGAGUGGAAAGGCAAACUGCUGAAGUUGUUUUUUUUUUGUUUUUUGUUUUUUGUUUUUGUUUUUUGCAAACGACUGAACACAGUGACAUUUUACAGACAUGCAAAUGAGCAUGCCAGAAAGCAACAUGCCCUCGGUAUGAAUGAUUUCUGGCCCAAAAAUAAAAUCACCAACCAGGGGACAGAUAGUGAGAUGAAGGUAGGAGGGUAGGAUCAGAAUGAGGUGAGGUCAGUUUGUGCCAGUGCCUGGGUCAGUGCCAGGGUCAGUGCCUGGGUUAGGGUCAGGGUCAGUGCCUGGGUUAGGUUCAGGGUCAGUGCGAGGGUCAGUGCCUGGGUCUGUGCCAGUGCCAGGACAGCCAGAGGAAGACUGAAGCUGUGGCCCAGGUGUGGCCCAGGUGUGGCCCAGUGCCCCACGCACGCUCUCCACACCGUUUCACCUUGUCCUCUGGGCGGAUGCGAGGGGGAACUGUGCUCUAUUUCCACCUUUCUUCUGAGAAACCAAUGCAACACGAAAUGAACUAUUAUUUUUGUAUCUUUUUCAUUUUUUUUGCAUGUUGAAGAUCCAACUGGAGUGAAGACUGGAACAUACAAUACUGGACAUACGCGCACUAAACUGCCUGCUCAGGCAAGGGAAAAUAUAUAUUUUAUUACGAUAUUUUAAGUUGUACUUUUAUUGGAUGGAUAACUUAUUUUAUCAUGUUCAAAAAAAAUUAACCAAUUUCCUUUGUUUCCAGACGUGUCAAAUUACAUCAGAUUGCAUUUGCUGCAGAAUAUACUGAACCUGUUUAAACUGCCCUUCUUACAGCCCUGAUUGUAGGAGAGCAUAGAGAGAGCUCAGCUGUCAAUCUUGUGAUGUCAUAAUUAUACCCGUCAUGAGUGGAGUAGUUGGCCCUGCCUGGGACAGCUUGCCUAGCUCACACUCCACACUCAGUCACUCAGCUCUUACUUUCCCGUGCAGUGGCAGUGCCCCUAUUGCCAGAUUCCAGCAGGUAAUAGCGACAGCACGGAAAGCCGAGCGCCUGUCUGAUUCCCGGAAGAGUCGCGCUGACUGUGUGAUUCACACAGCCAGGACCAACAAUAGGCAGAUUACAGAUUACACAUAUCUACACUCUGAUAUGCAGCCCUCUCAUGGCAAGACAAUGGGGAAAUGCUGAACUAUCCAGCUGGGUCUCUUUUUUGCUUCAUGACACCUUGUCUGUAUUCAUGAUAACUCCGUUCAUCCCUGUUUGGCCCUGUUCAUCCCUGUUUGGCCCUGCUAAUCUCCAAUUGGCCCUAUUCGGCCCCAUUCAUCUCUGUUUGGCCCUGUUCGACCCUGUUAAUCCCUGUUUGGACCUGUUCAGCCCUUUACAGUCAUGUCCAGGCCUGUAGGGCCCUGUUCAACGCUGUUUGGCACUGUUCAUCCCUGUUUGGCCCUGCUCAGCCCGGUUCGGCCCUGUUCAGCCCUUUACAGUCUUGUUCAGGCCUGUUGGGCCAUGCAGAGGCAGACUCUGCAUGGUUUUGGUCUCCUGCUCUUUAGCUCUUUUAUCCCUGGUGCCCAGGUGUUGACUCACACCUGAGCACACAGGCCUUCCCAGGCUGCCAGUCCCAGGACAUGUAAAUAUUCCCUGCUCCAGACACACACAUAAACAGAGACAACACUGGCCCACUGAGUAAUGAACUACAGCUGCAUGCCUCCUGACAGCCUGCAGUGCUCCUGCUGGCCAUUAGAUGGCAGGCUGCAGCUUGUGCUCAUCCCACACACUGCCUCCAGGUAACCGAAGAGCUCGUUUGCACCCGACUGAUCAGCAGAGGUUAAACUGUACUGCUGAGGGCAGCGGAAGGCUUAUCGUGCCGCUGCUCUCUCCCGCUCCGUCCCGCAGAGUCCGCGUGAUGUCUCCCUGUCGUGUUUUAACUGGUGUGGCAGUGUGAGUACCCCAUGUGCAGCCAGCCCAGCUGCUCCAACACUCCACCCAGCCGCUCUCCCCACUGGCACACUGCACCCCCUGCCCUCACCGGUAACGCUCCCGAACCGCACCACAAUGUUAGCAGGACGUUAGCCCGCUCUGUGCGCCAUGCCUGUGUGUUGCUGUCUGUGUCUUAGGGCCGGAAUGCUAAAAAUACAAAUGCAAAACCUAUUAUAUUUAAAUAAUCAUAUUUGGGGGGGGGGGUGAA